AUGGCUGCACUUGCUGUGGAAAUGAGAAAGGUGGCAAAUGAGUUAAAUGCUGUUAUAACUCAGUUCAAGCAAGGUAAACUCAUAAGGAAAGUGCCCGAUAAUAAGGUUAGCCCCACUACUAAAACGCAGAUCAGCGCCCUAUCGGUGUCUACGGCACCAACAAAAGAAUUCUCAGCGAUAAAAGAGCAUGAAGAUAUCGGUACUGGUCCGUCAUCACACGAUUAUGAUAGUGAUGUACUUACAACUGAUUCCAAACCAAGCAUAGACAUAUUGCACUCUCUACAAGCAACAUCAAAUGUGGAACAAAGAAAAGAGUACGCGAAUACAAUGUUGCAGUAA